AUGUACCUGCGCAAGCUGUUCCGUGACCUCUUCAUCCGUGAGUCCCUGCAUUACAACUACGUUUUCGAGUGGACUGUCUACAAGUAUCAGGAGAACGCCGCUUUGAUUCUCGAAGCAUCCGGGAAGGACACUGUUGACAAGCUGGAGCACGUCCAGGCAGUGGCUGGCAACCCCCCGACGGCCAGUGACACCGCCAAGGCUGAUGCGAUCUUGGGUCAGCGUCACAAAGCCAUUGCGCACGACAUCUUGACAGCCUCCGGGACGCUAAACACACCGCGGAAAGAGAUGUCAGGAUUCUUCGACUUUAGGUUGCGUUCCUCUGCCACGGAGCCGGAGAGAUGGCAAUUUUCAGUGCCAUUCCUUUGA